AUGGCCGAGGACGAGGUAUGGGAGCCCCUUUCCACCCCGGACUUCUGGGUGCUCGGGUUCGUGGCCACCUUCCAGACGGUGGCUCUCUUGGUCUGCGCGCACCUGCUGCGGUGGCGAAAGUGGCCUCCCUACGUCACCAAGAACGUUGACGUUGUCAUCAUCUCGGCUGCGAGGUUACCCACUAGACAACCGGGGCGACCAGGGGAUAUCCUGGCAGCCUGCGACUUUGAGAGAUUUCUCUCGUGGUCAACGCUGUGCGUCCACACGGUGGCGUUCUUCAUCCGGGUGUACCGGAUGUGGAGGAUCCUCAUCAAGCAUGACGACCAGAUGUGGCACACAGGGCAUCAGAUCCUGUUCAUGUCAAGCCUGAGCCUCAUUCCCGUAGUGGCGACGUGGGCGGUUCCCCACACCGGCUACUUCGACGAGGUGGCCAACACGUGUUCCACGACGACUUUCUCCACCAUCGUCGUGCUUGGGAUGGACGCGCUGGGUUUCCUCGCCAUCUGCUACCUUUGGUUCGUGUGCGCCCGCCAGCUCAAGUGGGUCCGGAAGCAGUUCAACGAGUACGAAACGAUGAAGCGCACGCUGCUGUACAUGACCAUCACCCUGGCGAGCUACGGCGUGAUCGUCGUGUAUCUGCUGGCGGAUAACCUGGUGCUGGGGCGGCGAGUGUCCGUCUUCUAUCCGUUGCUGACGACAUAUAUCCUGCUGUGGGGAUCCAUUCGGGAGCCGUUCAUGAUGAAGAUUCUAGGAGAUGACGAAUACCUCUGGUCCUACACCAAGGGGUUUGCCCAGCUACCGUCGCCGGCCCAGCUGAAGGCCAGCCUAGCGGAACAGCUUUCCGUGGAUCAGCUGCGGGACGAGUUCCGGCGGUACAUCAAAACCAAGGUGGCCCAGGAACUGAUAGACUUCUACCUGGACUCGCUAGACCGGGAAGAGGUGGCAGAUUUCUUCGAGAGACAGGCGGCCACCAUGCGCAUCGUGGACCAGUACAUCAAGGAGGGAGCCAGAGACCAGGUCAACGUUUCGGGAGCAUGCCGAGAGAAAAUUCUCGCGACGGAUGUGACCGCGUUCGACAUCUUCGACGAGGCGAGGGCGGAGGUCUUGGCAGUCAUGGAGACCAACUUCCGGAGAGACUUCGUGACGACGGAAGGGUUCCGCCGCAUUCUGAACGCUUCCAAGCAAGAGCAGCGGGAGCUGCGGCUCCUCCGCGCGGGGGGCAUGCUGCUGCCCCUGGGAACUCCUUCCCCCGGGUCAUCAUACGAGGACAAAACGCCCUCCUCGUCGGCCUCUCCGCACACCGCCGCCGCCGCUGCCGCCAUGUGCGUCGAGGGAAGGAAGGUUCCGCCGCCCCGGUCCCCAGGCCUCGUCAGGGCCUUCAGGAGCCUCCCGUACCUGGUGAGGAACGCCAAGGCCGCCUCCGAGUCGUGGCGGCGCAGAGCGGCGGGGCGGAGCGUGGGCGCGCGCGUUGGCGGGGCCGCGACGACAGUCUCGAUCGAGUCCGGCUGCGGCGACGGCGGGACGGUCCAGGAGGGUGGUCGCCCGGAAUGGUCGGUCGGAGGCGCGAGUUCCGCCGGUGGUGGUGCUCGCAGUGAGGGAGAGGGGAAGGGCGUCGAGGAGGCCAGGCUUGCCCUGGGGAGCAAGGAGGAGGACGCGGCGGCGGCGACAGGGCAGCGUCUGGCCCCGAAGGAAACCGACGGCGCCGGCCCCCGCGCAGGUGCCGGUGCUGGUGGCGGAAGCACCGCGUACCGGGACGUGGAAAUGGCGGAGCGGGGGGGAGGAGACGCUGACGAUGUCGCCGUGUCGCCGGGACCUUUGGUCAGGCCGUGGUCGGGUGGCGACGCUGCUCGCCAUGGUGCCGGUGGCGCGAGCGCGGUGGCGGGCCCUUGUGGCGGGAUAGGCGGCGGCGAUCGUUCUCACAGCCGGGAGGGUGGCGGUCAUAGCGGCGGCGGCGGCCGCAGCAGCAGCGGCAAGCUGCUGGCGGCCGCCGCCACCGGCCCAGGUCGCACGACUCGCCGCGGCAGCUCGGCGGGAGCCUCCUCGUUGGCGUGUUCUUCCUCCGCGUCGCUGUCCGAGGGCAGCGAGAAACCGGUGGGCUCAGACGACACCCCCAGCACCGACAGCCUGCGCGGGUUGUACGUCAAGUCUAGGUCCGACCCCGCAGGCCUAGCGCGUAGCAACAAGAGAGGAUUUGGUGGCAGCGAUUGCUACCGCGAAAGCGGCGGCGGCGGCGGCGGCCGAGAACCAGCAAUAGUUGAGCUGUUUGGUAGGAGCAUUAGCGACAAGUCUGAGGCCGUCCCGCCGGCGGUACUGGCAGCAGUCGAAGAUGACGCGGCAACACGAAAAGAAAGCAGCCACAGCACAGCAGCAGCGUGGACGGGACAGUUCGCGGGCGCUGCGUCCCGUGCGGGGCAGACGAACUCUAACGCCAACCGCUUGUAUCGCGGAGGGACCGGCAACUGGAGCAGCGGAGGGGUCCCGCGCGUUGAAUUCGUGGAGGACAGCCCCGCGGCGGCCCCGGCGAGACCUGGCGACCCUGCCGUCGACUCCGCCACGAACCCCCACCGACCACAACAAGCCGCCGCCGCCGCCGCCGCCGGUGCCACCGAUCCGCAGAGCGAGGCGAGCGUCGUUCUAGAGCGGGAUGUGACCGCGCAACAGCUUGGGCUCCGGCUGGCAGCGCUCGCUGCCGCGGCCGGCGCCGGGCCGUCAGUGAGCGACAACGCCGAAAGCGGCGGCGGCGGCGGCGGCGGCGGCUAUGGCGACCUGGAGGUGGGCGUAGAGGGGCUGGACACGCUCUCGUCCUGGCCCACGGACGAGAGUCCGGAUUGGGUUCGAUUCUCCGACUGGAUCAGGAACGGGUCCGGGCCGGCGGAGGGGGAAGGGGCAGAAGGCGCGGGUGGCGCAAACUGGAUGUGGGACGUGAACAGGGGUUUGAGUCUUUCUGACGGCGGAUCCCCGGAGACGGGGCGACGGCGGAGGAGCUGGGGCUCUGGCGGGAGCAGCUGGAGCAAGCACUCGGAACGAGAAUUUUAGGGGGUCGGGAAGGGGCGGACGACGUUGUUGCGCCGGACAUGCGUCGUCGACCGAUGAUUGCCAGUUGAAAAUUCUGUGGGUGUCAGGAGCUCCGUCGCCAUGAUCGGGUUAUUGGUAAGGCGUUUUCGAUUUCAGAUACGUAAGGGCGAAUAUUGGUAGAAUAGUUCGCGGGGGCUUACGGUAGUACAAAGUACAUGCGGCUGCACAUGAUUGUAACAUUGCGCAAGAUGUCAACUUGUAAGUAUUUCCACACCUGGAUUGCCCGAAGAUUGUUGAAUGUACGGUGGCUGCUCUCUUAGGAUAGUUUAUUUUAGCUCUGACGCCGUCUAUGCUGUGAAGUCCCUGCUGUUUAUAUGUGGGUGGAUAGAUGUAGUCGCUGCCAAGGGGGCUAAGGAAAGCCAGAAACGCUUUGUAGUCCAACUGACGCCAUUGUGAAUAGAUGGGUAGAGUUAGCGUUCGAGAGUCUCACACUGUCCGGAGCACGUUUAUCUUUGUUACCUGCCGAUUUAUAUCAGCAGAAGCUCUGCCAUCACCUCUUCAGCAACCGUGCCGACCAUGCAGACAGAUGUACGGCUUUUGGCUUUGCUGUAGGGGAUGUUUGUUGUGAGUUCGCCCGCUUGGUUCCGCGGUUGUGUAUGGCCCCCCCACGUCACCGGGAACUUUUUUUUUGGGUUGUUGCAGGGCGGCGGUGGCGAGCCCACCCUUUCUGUCUUCGCUGAAAAGAACUAGAGCCCUAGGAGCUCUGUUCUCCGUGAACGAGAGGAAACGCGGGUCCGCCGCGUGCCUCCCCAUGGAAGCCUUGGCCAGGGGAUGGAUGGCGGGGCGAUUGAAAGCAAGGAAAAUUCCACAUUCGUUCGCGGUAUUCGCCUUCAACUGUGUGUGGUUUUGUCGCGAACCGUGGGUCUGUCCUUGAUUGCGUGCAUAUUUCCUUAAAUUCCUCUCCGUCGAAUGAGUUUUGUUGGAGAGGGAUGUUGCUUGUCUAUGGGUCGAAUUGGCGCUGCGCGGCUGACUCUCCCUCGAAGUAUUACGCUUGGUAGCAUAUGGAAUCUAUGGGUGCGGAGAUGCAAUGAGUGAAUGAGACGAGGAAUACGCGUAGAGACGGU